ACUGAGUGCGACCCUGCCAAAAUGACGUUGGCAUGGGCUGAAUGCAGAACAGCCUCUGUUAUGCAAAUUAGAUGAUCCAGACGCAAAAAAUCGUUUGGAGUGGGCCCAAGUAGAUUUGGUUGCCCCAACUGGUUACUUUUACUACGGACCUCGGGAGAGGAGUUCCUGAAAUUUCCAGAACUUUCCAAAAGGAGGCUGUCCUCAUCUUUUUGCAAGGAGAAAAAUGGCGGGUGCAAAACAGUUUGGCCUUGGCAAUGAUGCUUUUGUGGAUGAAGAGUAUGGCCUUGCCAAAGAGAAAUAUUCAGAAGCAAUAAGCCUGGAACCUGAAAAUUCUUCCUAUUACCUCAAGAGAUCAAUCUGUCAUGCAAAAUUAGAGGACUAUGCAAGCUCUGCCAGUGAUGCAGAACAAUCUAUCAAAUUAGAUGCCAACAAUCCAAAAGCACAUCUAAGGCUGGGGAUUGCAAAAUUCCACUUAAAAGAAUAUAAAAGCUCAAAAGAAGCAUUUCAAAGUUUAUCAGCUCUAGAUGCUGAAAACAAAGAAGCAGUAGAUUGGAUAAAGAAAUGUGAUGCUGAAAUAGCGGCAAACAAUGCUGGGAAUACAGAAAGUAAAGUGACAAACGAAGCUGUUGCAUCAGAGAAAAAUAUGGAAGAAAAGCAUGCUGCAGCUAACUCCGUUAAGCACGACUGGUAUCAAACUGAAACUAAUGUUGUCCUUACUCUGAUGGUGAAAAACCGCAAGAAAGAGGAUGUUGAAGUCGAGUUUGGGAAGCAAAAUGUCAGUAUAGCAGUGAAGCUUUCAAGCUCACAAGACUACAACUGGGAACUGAAUCUUGCCCAUCCAAUAGUACCACAGGACUGCAUUACUCGUAUUCUUUCAACAAAGAUCGAGGUGAAAAUGAAAAAAACUGAAGGAAUGCGUUGGAAUUCUCUUGAAAAUAAAAACGAACCUGUUUUUGCCAAAUUAGAUAAAGAUUCGGCGACAAAUGAAUCUUCCACGCGACAGUACCCUACGUCAUCAAAACGGCACCAAGACUGGGACAAACUUGCUGCCAAAAUUGAAAAGGACGAAACUGAAGAUAAGAAAGAAGGCGAGGCUGCCUUGAACGAACUUUUCCAGAAAAUUUAUGCGAAUGCAGAUGAAGACACGAAAAGAGCAAUGAACAAAAGCUUUCAGGAAUCAGGGGGAACAGUGUUGAGUACGAAUUGGAAGGACAUAGGCGCUAAAAAGGUUGAUUGUAAACCCCCUGAUGGCAUGGAGUUCAAGAAAUAUGAGUUUUGAAAGAAGACAACUUUCGUAGAAAUGAUCCAGCAAUUAGUAACCCACUGGUACUUGGUUGUGCUUCGUCAAUUUUCAUGCAUCUUCAGUCUCGCUUGCUGAAAAGUUUCAGAGUUUUGUACAAAUUUUUAUGAAGACGUAAGCUAUCUUGCAGACUACUUCACAUUGAUUUUUUUGUCAUCUGAAAUAUGUUUUGAAGCACCAUUAAUUAUCUGCAUGAAACUUACAGUUGUAGAAAUUCAAUCCAAGUUUCCUUUCAUUGCCAGGAGAACGGCAUUUGAAAUGUUUAUA